AUAUAUAUAUUAUUCUCGAAAAUCUAAUAACUGUCAUGGCAAACGUGGAUACCUCAACCAUAGCCUUAGCAUAUCAAAUUCUUCACUUCUUUCUACAUUUCUAACAAUAAUCCCAACGAAGAAACCAAAGGAAGGAGAAAGACGAAGAGAAUUUAAGAUUGAGCAUUUGGCUUGGUCCGAAAUGGAUAUUUGGAACAAGGCUCGGAACUUCGCUGAGGAUGCUGCUCGCCGGUCGUCGGAGCUCAGUAUAGGCUCCGCUAAGCUCGGCGAUAUAGUAACGGAGGCUAUGAAACGGUCCAAGGAGAUCGCGGCCGAGGCUUCCAAACGAGCCGAAGAAAUCAAAGCGGAAGCCGCGAAGCAAGCCGAGCUCAUCAAGUCGUCGAUCGCCGAGGGGGUCGCGCCUCCACAAAACACGGAGAGGAUGGUGGAGCAAGAGAAGGAACUGGAGAGUUUUGGUAUUAAUGAAGAGUUGAGAGAUUUUGUUAAGGGGAUUACAUUAAGCACCUUUCAGGAUUUUCCUUUACCUGAUGAUUCUCCUAUGUCUGAUGUUCCCACAAUCUCAAAUGUAAGGCAAGAUCUUACAGAGUGGCAAGAAAAACAUGCCAAGCUUGUACUUUCUACGGUUAAGGAAAUUUCAAAGUUAAGGUUUGAGUUGUGCCCGCGUGUUAUGAGAGAGAGGAAAUUCUGGAGAAUAUACUUUCUACUAGUAAACAGUCACGUUGCACCGUAUGAGAAGUGGUACAUGGAAGAGAUUGAGCGAAAAACAGCAGAAAAAAUCCGGGACAAAAAAAUAAAGGAAUCUUCAAACAUUGAAAUGACGACUCAACAACAGGCAAAGGAAAGCAAGCAACAUAAUAAAACUUCGGCCUCAUUUGUUGAGCAAGACCUGGAUGUAUUUCUUUUGGGUGGUGACAGCGAUGAAUGCCCUGAUGAUGGAGAUGAGGGCUUCGAUGAUUUUGGCUCGGAUGAUGAGAAGGUGAAAUCAUAGACGAUGGCGAAACCGGUCCAUGGUAAAUCGUUUGCCAUUACAUCUGAAAGAAGAUGUCUGGAUAUUGCUGGCUAAAACAUUUUCAGUAGAAUAAAACUGGGCAGGUGAUUCAUAUAGUUCUCUAUCAAUAUAAGAAAACCAUUGGUGUUUCUUUUUCUUUGCCAUUAUUAUUAUUUGUUUAUUCUCAUUUAGGAAAGAGGUCAAGACAUGGUAAUUUGUGCAUCCGUAUUAUGUUGGUAUAUUUUAAUUGAUUAUUUUACAUAAGUUUUGACAGAUUAAUAA